AUGAGCAGUGUCCCACCGGAUAUUGCUCAGAACACAACUGAUGAGAUGCCCCCCGAGUGCUCCCACAAUGAAUCCUAUGAUUUCAAUCGAUACGCGUUGAUUGUCUAUAUUGGGACACCGAUUGCAAUUGCUGGUGUCAUUUGUAAUUGGAUUCUAUUUAGAUUGUUCACCAAAUCCAAAUCAGCCAAGUCCCCGGCGUUGUAUCUGUUGUUAUUGGCGGUUUUGGAUCUCCUAAUGGACCUCCUCUACAUCCCAUUCUUCACCGUCGACGCCCUUGCCAUCUACCACAAAAACGAAUUCCUCUACCAUAUCUGGCAUGACUACGCUAUGUUUGUCUUUGGCCUCAGUCGGCUAGUGCAAUUCGCCUCCACUUAUAUCAUCUUAUGCGCUACAAUUGAGCGAUUCAUAGUGGUCGCUGAAAUCAAUUCCUUGAACUUUCUGAUCAACUCAACUGGAAGAUUCGUCACUAUUGGAGUCACCUUCCUGGGCGUUGCUAUUCUAAGACUACCUGCAUUCUUUGAGUAUUACAUUACAUUCCGUCCGGACUGUCCCAUAUACGAGAACUAUGACUAUACACCACUGCUAGCCGGUUGGGAACAUUAUCAGAUGUUCAAUUUCUAUGUGAUGACUGUCCUGCAUAUAUUCGUUCCAUUCGCCUUACUACUUAUGCUCAAUAUCUCCAUUGUGGUGGUCACCAAGAGAAAACUCACCGGUAUUGGAUGGGCGGUCACUACUUUUAUUGAUAUGCCGAAAGUUAGUGAGAUGAUACGAAAAGAAUCCAUCAAUUCGAAUAAGAGGAGACGAGAUGAGUUACGGUACGCCACGUGGACAAUGGUGUCGAUCGCCACCACUUAUUUAUGUUGCUCAUCGCUAUCACUUUUCAUUGGAAUUCUUGAAAAUGUGUGGCCAGAGAAUACAUUGUUGUUUAUGGAGGAUGGAUCGAGCACAAAAUUCUACACCCUGGCAUCGGAUACUGUCAGUAUACUCGUCGCCGUGAAUUCUCUACUUCGAAUUUUUGUAUACCUACUGUGCAGUCCUAAUUUUAGAAAACAACUAGUCAAAGAGUACCCUUGUCUGAAAUGCAUCGCCUGUGGAGCUGACAGCGAUGAAAAAACGAAGAAAAUCAAGGAGGAGAAGAAACUUUUCAUCGGAUACCAGAACCUGAUAAUGGGUGCCAGGGUCGAUAUGUUGUAA